GGGGAGCAACACGAGUCUCGAACGCUCAGAUCGACGAAUCUAUUGGCACAAUCUUCUAAAUCGAGCAGAGCUGAGACCCGGACCACCGCAAGCCACCGUUCUGCUUUCUACCAGAGUACAAGGAAAACUCUCACCAAAGUCUAAGGUUACUUACCAUCUGUGCGUACCGUCAUCCAUGGCGACCGCCGGACUUUCACAGUGGCGGCUCGAGCGCCUCGAAGGACAAACUCAUGCCACAACAUUUUCUCCUCUUUAUCCGUCCAAUUUGACAAGCAUCAUUCAGCACACCGCACGCAUGCGGUGUUCGUAUCCCAUGCGAGCGCUUCGCCUAUGACCGGAUUGCCUAGGAUCAUGCAUCAGGACACAACGCAAGGACAAUGAUGGAGAAAUCCGGCAAUACAACCCCCAAGUCGCCCUUAUCACCCAUCAAUGAAGGUAACUUCACACCCACCUUCUCCUACACCUGGGGCAGUACACUCUUACAGACCCCAAGUCGCCUAUCCAGUCCCAAGGUGGGACGCUCAAGACAACCAUGGCGCCAUUCCGUGUCGAAACACCACUCCGAUGUCCCCUCUCAGACCGUCCGCGAAUACAAACCGGACCGUCAACGACGACGACUGUUCUGGAAAACAAUGUUCCACUGGUCAAUCACGACAAUUCUUUGCGCCCUGCUCGCCGGCUGUCUCAUAGGCUUCGCUAGACUCCCCACCAUGUCCGUCAGUCGAAUCAAACUGUUCAACGCCCUGAUCGUCCUCCUCUCAUUAUUCCUGGGCAACAACCUAAGUAGCACACUGCGAGAAUUCGCAUGCAUGUUUAGAUGGCGACUUUUGGCGUCGAAAUACCGAUCCCUCGAGGAAUUCGAUCUUCUGAUGCAAUGCGACAGUCUGCGCAAAGUACUCCAUCUUAUCCGCGCAUCCAGAAACAUGGGACGGGCAUGGUUUCUGAUCAACCGCACGCAGCGUCUCUGCGUCAUAUGGCUGUUCAUCAACAUCUGUCUGCAAGUCCUCGUCGCACUCCUCGGCCUGACCUACAACCUCAACACCUCCCGUUAUCCCGGCCGACAAUUCGGCAAUGUCAGCGUCGCGAAUCUCACAGACAUCCGCGACAUCUGGAGCACGCCUGAGCCCAAAUUCGACGCCGAACUGAGCUCCGCCAAUUCCUUCGGCAUCCAAGGCCAAGACUACAACUUCGUGCAAGGCCCUCCCCCAGGCCAGACCGGCCCAUGGCUGUACGGCACACCCGGCACGCCGACCGUCUACGGCAACGGCGCAGACUGGGAUACGUAUACCUAUGCGUUCCAAGAUCAAAACAUACGGAACAACCAACUCACUUUCGUCUCGCGGCGUACCAUCACAAUUAAUGGCACCUGCACGUCGCACACGGUGCUUGCCGGCGGCAACGGCACAGCCGAAUUCGUCACGUACCUUGACGAUCAGGGCAUACGUACAACCCUGGACGUCCCGCCCGUAGGCCCCGGCGCAGUGACAUAUAUCGGCGUCUUGAACUCGACAUGCGGUCCGCGCUGCUCACAAGUCAUGGCCCUACAGUCUGCUGAUGGGGACGCCAUCCCCCAACCAAGGUUCUUCACCUGCACCAACACACUCUCCCAAGUCCAGGGGUACGAACAAUAUCUCUAUCCAGGCUGGACGGCCGAAACAUUCCAAAUGGCCGACGAACAGGCGAUGAUCAUGGCUGGCGCCAUAGGCUGGACCGGCUUCAAUUACUCUGACGGCGACCUCUACCAGUACGUCCGCUACACUAGCGAGUCAUACUGGAGUCCCGACGCGACUGCAUCAGCAUACGACAUCGCGCAGCGGGUCAUGGAAUUUAGCAUCGAGGCCGUCGCUGCGCUCGAUUACAAUGGUCUCCGAACCAACGUUACGGGCUGGUACCCUAUCACUGCGCAGACGGUCAAUGUCGCGUGGGUAUGGGCCGGUACGAUUCUGGGAGUGGUGCCUUUUGUCCAACUGAUCGCGAGUAUAUGUGUGAUUAUAUGGUCAAACACGGCGAUCAUUCGCGACGAGAGUUGUCUUAGUACGGCACGACUGCUCCGGCCUGUGGUCGACAAGCUGGGUGGGAAGGGGUGUUUGCUUUCGGGCGACGAAAUUUCGGAGGUGUUUCCUGAUAUGCGGGUCAAGUAUGGCUGGAGAGAGCCCGAUCCGGAUUAUGUGUUUAGGAACGAGAUUGACACACGGGUCGUGAGACAUGUGGAUGUUCUUGAGGAGCAGGAAGGUCUUGGGAAGCAGGGUGUCAUGCCUGCCGGGUUUUACGACGGUGAAGGGUCGGGCGAAGAGUGCGACCAGAGGUCGAGCUUGUUGAGACGACGAAGAGGGAGGAGGAGACGGAAGAGUAUAUGAUUGUCCUUCUUGCUGAGUGUUAUUAGUCCCAUAGUGGACAUUUAUUAGCCCUUACCAUGUCGAGGACUCGAGGGUUCCGGCUCUCCCAGAAGAUCACCGUCGCCUCAUUCAAACGCCCAGUGACCCACGUCUUUACGUAUGAGACGCAACUACCUGGCAGCCUACAAGGCAGCAGUGUGUUUGUAUUAUGGCAAUGGUUUAUUUGAUGCUGGCUGCAACCGGUUUCGUCAAAUGUGCGCUUGAUCAGUACAGGGGGAAAGCAACGAAGACCCGG